AUGGAGGCCGGCGGUAGUAGUAGUAGGAGUGAGACUACCAGCAGGAAGAGGAAGUCAGCCGCACUCGAGGGCGAGGGCAGUCCGGCUCCGGCGCCGGCGCCAGCGGCAGUGCCCGAUCCCGGAGCGGCUGACCACGAUGGAGGUGGCGGCGGGCGAGAUCUCCACCUCAGCGACCUCCCCGACGACGUGCUCCGGAAGAUUAUUUCGGUCCUCCCCAUGAAGCAACGCGGUCGCACGCAGAUCCUCGCUAAACGUUGGCUUCCCCUCUGGCGCUCUCUUCCUCUCAACAUCGACUGCGAUGAAAUCGCCCGUUCUAAUCAUGGUAAGCUCGGUGAUGUGUUACAACGCAUAAUUUCCUCCCACCAAGGCGACUGCCACCGCUUCUGCAUUCGCCCAUUCUUGGCCACGAACAUGGAGAACGAUGCUGCCGUGGACGCCUGUCUCCUGUCCCCCGCUCUGAAUAAACUCAAGGAGCUUGAGUUCUACCGUCGGCCGUGGCACAAUUGGCAGCGGGUGCCGGCACCAACAUCUAUCUUCCGUUUUUCGCACACCCUCUGUGUCGCCCAAUUCGGACAUUGCACACUCACGGACGACAUCAUUCAAGGGCUUCACUUCCCGCAGCUUAAGAAGCUCGGUCUUGAUUAUGUCUUCCUCUCGGAGUUCUCACUCAGCAGCAUGAUUGCCGGCAGCCCUUCUCUCGAGGUCUUGUUAAUUACUGGGUGCAGUGGAGCCCGUUGCCUCCGGAUCAAUUCAUUUACCCUUAGAAGCAUUGAAGUCGGCAAUUCUUCCCCAGAUCCAUCCAUGGAGGAGCUGAUCAUCGAGAGUGCCCCUCAUCUUGAAAGAUUAUUCCAUCUUGAUCAGAACGAGGAUUUGCAUGUAUCAGUGCUCUCGGCGCCUAAGUUGGAGACCCUAGGUUGUUGUACUAACUCCACCAGGCUCGUGUUUGGUUCCACAGAUAUUCAUCAGGGACCGCGCAUUGAAAUUGGUAGCCUUUCAACAGCACUGUGCAGAAUCAAGUCUUUGCAUCUCUGUAUGCGUACUCUAUGUUUGGACAUGGUUAUUGAAAUGAUGAGAUGUUUUCCGUGCAUGGAGAAGUUGUACAUUCAGUGCGAGAAAUCUGGGACGAAGAAUUUGUGGCGUCGUAAACACCGGGACCUUCUCAGUUCUUUUGUCAUCCGUCUAAAAAAAAUAGUUUUGGAUUAUUAUCGGGCCAAAAAAUCUGACAUUGAUUUUGUAACCUUUUUCGUACUGAAUGCUAGAGCUCUAGAGUCGAUGACGGUUUUAGUCAAGAGCAACGAUGAGGAGUUCUUGGCAAAACAGCGUCAGAAGCUUCUCCUAGAGAGCAAGGCUUCAGAUGGGGCUGAAAUUAAUUUCGUACUCAAGGUGGACGCAAAUCCUGGGACAUAUUAUAGUAUAAGCCUGUGA